AUGGACGGACUUGAUGAGUCGCUCAAACUUGACGUGGAAAGUGUCAACGAGCAUUAUUUCCGUGAAACUGAAGUCCAAGAAGACCGUCGGGAAAUCGUCUUUUGGGACCGAAAAAUAUCCCUAACAUGUUCCCCUGCGAAUAAUGUGUUCCUCUAUGAGUCACAGCAAAAGGACUUACGAGUGUUCAAGCACAUUCGGAACACCAUCAACUACCGAGAGCUCAGUGUGAUGGAACGAGUGAUGAAAGAAGUGAAGUAUGUCUACCUGAAGACACCCCAGGGCCAAGAUAAGGGCCUGUCUGUCCUUCACAAGCUGGGAAUCACACAUCGGGACAUCAAGCCGGAGAAUGUUUUGGUCGUUGCUCAAAAUCCGAUUCGUGUGAAGAUCGCCGAUUUUGGAAUUAGCAAGCUCUCGCAGAAAGGAAUUACCCAGCCGCGGACUCAAGCCGGAACAGAUGGCUAUAUGGCACCAGAAUGCUUUGGAAUAAACAACCGAACGAAAGAAUCGAGCUACACACACGCUGUUGAUAUCUGGUCUCUAGGCUGUCUGGUCUACUACAUCUUGACUAAGGAGCUUCCAUUCAAGAGACGGAAAGAUGAAUUCACCUCAUAUAUAAUGAUUCAGAGAUACUGUGACGGUGCUCUCAGCUUCCCAGAAGAGGCUCUUACGAGACAACGAAUUAGCCUCUCCGGUCGAUAUUUCAUACAACGACUGUUGGCGCCAGUCGCUGAAAACAGACCAAAGGCCUCAGGGCAACUUAUGUUGGAUUGGGUAAUUCCUGUUUCGCAUAUUACUUCCCAGGAUUCAGAAACUACAGACUCGUCUGAAUUCGGAUCGUCUACCAUUGACAGUGAUACCGAGAUAGCUCCUCAGACACAGCUUCUGUAUAGCCAGCAUGAGUUAUUUGAUUUCCCACCAUUACCACUACCAUCCCCACUCUAUGCACAAGAAUCAGUGCAGGGAAUCAAUAAAAGUGACAUGGACCUCCACUCUUCAGACCUUUGGCACCUCGUGAAGUCAGAAAAAGGAAACAAAUCAAACAUAAAGAAGCUUCGAUCCCUGCUCAGGGCUAACGCAAGUGCAAACAUUCAUUUGAAAGGCUAUACAGCUCUUCAUAUAGCCGCAGAACAAGGCCCAGCUGAAUCGAUUGAAACUCUUCUUGAAUUCAAGGCAGACCCUAGAAUCCGCACCGAGCCACGCCAAGAGACAGCCAUUCAUCUCGCUACCUGUCAAGGGGAAUUUGACACGUUUUCCAAGAAACUACGACUGCUGUUACGGAAGGGUGCUGACAUCGAUGCCGAGAACUUUGAAGGAGACACAUCAUUGCACCUGGCAAUUUGUAGGAUUGGUACAGUUGAUGCGGUCAAGAUUUUACUUAAAUCGGGAGCGUCUACGGAAGUGAAAGGACGACAUGGACGGACUCCCCUUCAGUAUGCAGUAUUCCUCGGAAGAGAAGAGAUUGCAACGGCUUUAUUGCGUUACAAGGCCAAUCCGAACUGCUUUGACAACGAUGGCUUCACACCACUUCACCUUGCAAUCAGAUCCAACAGAAUAAGCAUCGAGUUCUUGAAGAUGCUGAUCGAAGCCGGAGUCAAUAUCAACCAGGAAGACGGGAAUCAUCAUACACCGUUAUAUGAAGCGGUCACGCAAGGAAGACAUGAUGCAGUGCGUUUGUUGCUCGAUCAUGAUGCUAAAUGUAAGCCUCAUCAUCCGGAAUUAGAGAGGCGCUUUGGUCAAGCAGGAUUUUGGCAGAAUUUCGUUCGCCUUCCUUGGGGCUCUCAAUAG